GGCCCGGCGAGGCGCACCUCUGUGGUCCUAGUGACUGCUCCGGGGCUGCUGGGCCACGAGGCAGGGAGACGCGAGGCAGGAGCCAGGGCCGGGCAGCAGCAUCGGGGGCCCAGACGGCGCAGCUCAGCUGCAGCCACCAUGGAGCCAGGCAGCGUGGAGAACCUGUGUGUCGUGUACCGGAGCCGUGACUUCCUGGUGGUGAACAAGCACUGGGAUGUGCGCAUCGACAGCAAGUCCUGGUGGGAGACGCUGACCCUCCAGAAGCAGCUGCGGCACCGCUUCCCAGAGCUGGCCGACCCUGACACCUGCUACGGGUUCAGGUUCUGCCACCAACUGGACUUCUCCACCAGCGGGGCACUCUGUGUGGCCCUGAACAAGGCAGCCGCAGGCAGUGCCUACAGGUGCUUCAAGGACCGGAGAGUCACCAAGGCUUAUCUGGCUCUGGUGCGGGGGCACGUCCAGGAGAGCCGAAUGACCAUCAGCUAUGCUAUUGGCAAGAACAGCACAGAAGGCCGGACCCACACCAUGUGCAUUGAGGGCACACAGGGCUGUGAGAACCCAAAACCAAGCCUCACUGAGCUGGUGGUCCUGGAACACGGACUGUAUGCAGGUGAUCCUGUCUCCAAAGUGCUGUUGCAGCCUCUCACGGGACGGACGCACCAGCUGCGCGUGCACUGCAGCGCCCUGGGCCACCCCAUCGUGGGGGACCAGACCUAUGGCCAGGCCUCGAACCAGGAGGACCAGCCCUUCCGCAUGAUGCUCCACGCCUUCUACCUGCGCAUCCCCACAUGCACCGAGUGCGUGGAGGCCUGCACGCCCGACCCCUUCGUGCCCACCCUCGAUGCCUGCUGGAGCCCCCACACCCUGGUGCAGCCACUGGACGAGCUCGUCCAGGUCCUCCGGGCUGCCCCAGACCCUGACCCCACAGAAGGGGGCCCCAGGCCCUGCAGCCCCUCCACGCCCCUGCCCGGGCCGGGCCGGCCCCCACCGCCCCCUGCCAAGCUCCCUGAGACAGAAGCACAGCGGGCCUCCUGCCUGAAGUGGCUGUCGGAGUGGACGCUGGAGCCGGACAACUGAGAGCAUCGUGCUGGGGUGGGGAUGGCAGGCUGGGACUCCAACGGUUGGGGGCUGCAGGUCAGAGUCCUGGACACAUCCCUGCAAUGGCCAGGCCUGGCCAGCAGGGGGAGCCAGGCAGCUGCAAUUCCAGAGGAUUAAGCUCUUGGGCUGUGGGACCCACAUGGGCCUCCCUCCCAACACCCCAACCCCCACAAACUGCCCCAGAGCACCUCCCUGGUUCUAGAGCCUCAACCCCAGGAACUUAUUUGUAGACUUGAUCGGGGUCACUCUGGAAGAGGCAGAGCCAGGACCUGGGCCACCCUCAAGGUGGGCUCCUCCUGGGCCCCCAGCCAACACCCCAGAGCACCGUGCUCCACGCUGCUUUGCUUGGACCCUCUGUGGCCAUCACCCCAGCCUGGCUGGGUUCUCCAUCUGCAGACCUCAACCCUCCUUGCUAGGCCCGUCUGACCUUGUGCCUUUGCUUCUGCUAGACUCUGCCCCCUCCACCUGCAUCCUGAGCGUCUCACAUGGAGGUGGGUGUGGGCCACACUCCUCAGCCCCCACCUCACGUGCCAUCCCUCCAGGCCUGCCCUGAGCGCUGCUCCAUGGGGUCUUCCGGGCCCCUAAUUGCGGCUGCUGCCUCCGUCACCUGCCUGGCAAUUUCCAGGCAGGACCUCAGCCUGAGAGCAAGGGCAGCCCACCAGCCCCCCCCCUCCAUCCCCACA